AUGACAGCAACCCCAGUGUUCGAUCUGUAUUGGAACUGCUCAGAAUUACGAGCGGAGGACAAGGAAGAAGAACACCGAAGUCUUGGUGGCGAAAUGCAGCAAGUUUCCGUCACGAGAGAGUGCAGGUCGCAUGAUUUCCUGAACCUCGCUGCAUCACGCCUUCAACAACCGCACGCAAAGACAUCGGGCGCGUCACGUCUGCAGACUAAGAUUAUUGUCCCGAACGAGACAGGCGAUGGCGAGAGCAAAGUAGCCGAUGGCCGGUUCUUGCCAGUGUCGCUCAUGUCAGCGCCGUCCGGAACGGAGCUUGCACUUUGCGCUCACCCCGAGGCAGAAAUGUGCGUGGGUCGGAACGAGUCAUUCCCGAUUUCUCCCGCUGCACCGCAAGCAGCCAACCCCACCGCAAUAAACAUCACCAAAGCGAUCACCACGAUGCAGAGCUUGCCACCGUUUCCCGUGUGCGUCACCGCUCCCAGUACUUUCAGUGUAGCACACCCACUCCAUCGCGGCACUACAGUCUACCACCAACGACACUCUUGCCCCAACGUAAGCUUCGACAGCUUUGCAGCCACGCUGCCCACUGCGUCUCCGUCGCAACUGGCGUCGCCUACCGUGACCUACAGCAAGACCCGCGCGCCCGGUGUCAGUCCCAACAAGAAAACCCGCAAGAGUCGCGUCGUCUUCGACUUCACCACCGAGGAGAUGGCCCAGUACUUCCAUAUGUCCCAGCGCGAAGCCGCACAGCAGCUCGGCGUCGCCACGGUCACCAUCAAGCGCAACUGCCGGCGCCUCGGCAUCGUCUGGCCCUACCGCCUCAUGAAGUCCAAGAAGAACGCCAUCAACUGGUCGGCCAUCUCGCGCGAGGAUGCGCAGCGUAUCCGAAAGGAGCGCGCUCUAGAACGUGCUAAAGCCGGUCGCUCGCCCUCGAACCGCAGCCGUAGUCGAUCUUUAUCCAGCUCCCGCUCAUCGGAUCUUUCGGACGACGAGACUGCAGCCAAGGCAAUCGCUCUGCUCAGCCACAGCAGUAGUGUCAAGCUUACGGAGGCCGGUCGCGCCUUCGCUCGAUUGCCACUAGACUGCAUGGACAUAUCCAACUAGAGUCACUGCCUUCUCCGUGGUGUUGUCCCGUGAGUGACUUAGUGUACUCUUAAUCUAUUGCUGCAUAUUAGAUGC